AUGGAACAUAUGGAAGGUAGGUUUGAAAGCAAUCAUCAGGAUGAGGAAGACCUUUCUCCAAAGUCUAUCAUCGAUGAGAACAACUACUAUAGAUCCACUAUGGUUGCCGUUCCAGAAAAGCAGGAUGCAAUAAGAGCUUCGGGGAUUCCCUUUGUUAUUAAUGUAAUACUAGAAAACUACGAAGAAGAGGGUGUUCCGGUGUGCUCUGACGACAUAAUUCGGUGUGAAUGCUGUAAGUCUUAUUUGAAUCCUUUUGUUGAAAUUAUUCCUCCAGGUUUGAAGUGGAAAUGCAAUGUUUGCUUAUCAAUCAAUGAUCUGGCUACUGCAUUCCAGGUUACCAGUAGAGGUAUAACCAGAGACAAUGACUUGUUUGAUCCAAGAGCAAAUGCCAUGCACAACUACAGCUAUUACAACAGAAUGGAGCUGAAAAGCACUGUGUAUGAAUUGGAGGCACCACCAAACUAUUCACUCAAAACCCCAUCACCUCCAUUAAUAUGUUUUCUCAUAGAGGUGACUUUUGAGAGUAUGAAGUAUAGAGCUGUUGACGCAGUCAUGAGAAGUAUUUUUGGGGGACUGAACCCAAAGUCUUUUGACCCAAGAUCAAGGAUGAUGUUUGCAUUCUUCGAUUCAUCUGUAUAUCUUCUCAAGAAGAACGGGGACUUCUCUGUGAUUUCUGAUGCAACAUAUAUUCCUUUCUUCCUGGAAGAGGACUUCUUAUUACCUCUUGAUCAUCAUUUUGACAUUGAUGGAAUAGAGAAAUUCUUUAUAGAGAACAAGCCCACAAGGAACAACUAUGGAGAUGCACUAAGGGUUGUUCAAAACAUACUAGGCACUACUGGUGGAUGCAUAAUUUCCUUUCUGGCGACACAUCCAAAUGUUGGCCCUGGAUCUGUGGAUGCUAACCAAUAUGAACUAAGAUGCAAGUCGGUGUUCUAUAAGGAGAUGUCGGUGCAUUUAUCUAAGCAGGGAAUAUCUGUUACACAAUUUUUAUUUCCUCGACUUGGAAUAGAGCUUCCUACUCUUAGUGUAUUGAGCAAAUACACCGGGGGGAUGCUGUACUAUUACCCAAAUUUCGAUGGAAGUGAUCCAGCAUUUGCCACAAAGCUAGCAAAUGACCUGGCCUCGCACCUUGACCUGAAUGUAGGUUUGUAUGGGAUGUGCAGAGUCAGGGCUAGCAAGAGUGUGUUUAUAAAGGAGUACUUUGGCUCCCUGCACCACAGAUCGGCAGAUCUAAUAUCAUUCUCCACAUUCUUCCCUUCUCAUUCAUUUAGCUUCGAGAUAGAUGUAUCCAGAGAAGAGGGGACUAGGGGCGUCUGCUUCCAAGUAGCAAUUCUUAGGACACUUCGCACGGGCGAGAGAAGAAUCAGAGUUGUAAACUUUUGUAUCGACAAGGUGGCUAGAUCGUUGUACAGCAUUGUGGAUCCAUAUGCAAUAGCACAUGCACUUGCAUUGAAGGCUUUCUUCUUCGAAUCAAGGUCCAAGGGGGGAGGGAAUGAAUACCUUAACAAAUCCAUGAAGGACAUUGUAAAGUCAUAUAAGCAACUCUCCAACACAACAACUCUUCUUCCAGCAACUCUUGAAGUCCUUCCCAUGCUUAUUUUGUCACUGUCCAAAUCCAUUCCCCUCAGGCCUGCAUCUUACACCCCCAUGGACUACAAGUCGUAUUAUAUAUAUCUGUUGGCCAAUUCGUAUCCAAAACUUGUUGACACUGUGAUCUAUCCAACCCUGCUUCCUCUUCACAGGCUGGAUUCUAUUCAGCCGCUUAAUCUUACCCUGAACUGCCUUGAAACGAAUGGAUUGUAUCUGUUAGACACAGGGGUGACUAUAUUCUUCUUUGUAGCUAGAGACUGUGAUCCGUCGCUUCCGAAUCUACUGUUUGAUCCCUCAAUAAGGUCUGAGAGAUUUAUCUUCGAUCCAGAGAAAAACGAAUAUAGUGAUUCUGUUUGCAAGAUAAUCAGAGAACUGAGAAGCAACAGGUAUUUAACUCCGAAUUAUGUGCUAGUGAGAGAUGAUGGUAUAAGCAGCAUAUACAGGGACAUAUUCUUCACCUAUUUUGUGGAAGACGAAUCCCAUGGUCUUCCAUCUUAUUCUAGAUAUCUUGAUUUGCUGAGGGCCUAA